UUUAGGGAAGGGAAGUGAGUGAAUGGCAUGCACAAAUCUGAACCAAAGAUUCUAUCUUUGUUCUGAACGUUACUGCCUUGCAGAGAUGUAUCUGUUAUAUAUCAAUCCAUGAUAUAUCUUAUUAUAGUCUAAUUAUAUUCCUGUAUAUUAAAUGAAAGUCAACGAAGCCUUCAAUUCGACGUGACAACUUAAAGAUAGUCCAGUUCAGCCAGUCUGUGGAGAUGUCAACGAGCAAAGAACAAGCAGCUAUAAGUCAAGUAAUGGCUUUCCUUCGUGAAUGGGACCAGGGCAACAAAAUGGUGAGGUGUCGCAUGCUUACUGAGUUCGUAAAUCAGCACCAAGGCAAAACAUGCCCCGCCUUGGAACUGGAAUUUGCACAAGUUGCCAGUUUAUUCCUCGCAAGGCUUACAGCCUGGAUGAGACUGACAUACAUGUUUGGGACAUGUUUAGGGCUGCAGCUUAAGGCAGUGGGUGUCUUCCUCUCUGCAUCAAACAAUCAUCGUUAUCUGAUUGAGUUCCUGGAGGUUGGAGGAGUCCUGACCCUCCUGGAGAUCUUGGGUCAGAAUCAGACCAAAGAGGAGGACAAAGCUGAGGCCCUGCAUCUGCUCCAGAUAGUGUCCAAUGCUGGACGCAAGUACAAAGAACUCGUCUGUGAAAGCUAUGGUGUGAGAGCCAUUGCUGAGUGCUUGGCCACAUCACAGAUUGAGAGCACCCAGGAAACAGCUCAGUUGCUUCUGGAAUCCCUGGCUCAUGGCAAUCCCAAAUACCAAAACCAGGUGUACAAGGGUCUGAUUGCCCUUCUGCCAUGCACCUCUCCAAAGACACAACAGCUUGUUCUACAGACCCUUCGCAUUGUGCAGGACAUUGUGAAGGUCGCUUACCCGAGUAUUGUUGAACCACUGCUGAAUUCACUCAGAUCUCUGCACCUCGAGCUGCAACAUGAAGCUCUUGAGUUGAUCACUGAGCUGAGGCACUAUGAAGUUAGACCAGCCCUGCUCAAGGGUCUGGUUGCUCUGCUGAAACCUGUGAAGGAACGAGUGCAGAAGUACAAGAUCCUCGAAGAUUCAGAAAUGACAAAGAUGACAGAAUCCUUGCCAUUAUUUGUUCAACAAGCUGCUGCUGCCAAAGCCAUAAGGAUGCUGGCUCAGGGGAGUGAGGAGCUCUCCACUGAACUGCUCCAUUUAAGAGUGGUCCAUCACCUGCUGUACGCCAUGGGCAACCAGAGCCAUGCUGAUGCUCAGAGACAGGCCAGCCUUGCUUUAGAGCACUUUGUUCGGACCUACCCACUGGUGGAGGAGCAUGUACGCAGGGCCAUGGGCCAAACCCUAUUUCAGUUGUUUAUGUUGAACGCUGAGAUUCUGUACAUGAAGAUGGAUGAAAUCCAAGCUGACAUCUUACACUCAAACAAAGUGAACAUAGCUGAGGCUAUGGAGAAUCAGAAAUCUGACACAUAAAUUACCCAUUUAUGUCCAAUGUACUUUUGUUAAGAUUCAUAGUAAACCUGUUUCAACAUGUAAA